GGUGGGAAGACGUGGCAUACCUUCAGGGAAGACUACCAUUGAUCCCCUUCUCAAACAUGACGGGCUCUCAACCAAACUUUGACUUCUGGCCCAUUAAGACGGGCACUCGUAUCGAGCGAUUGGCUCUAAUUAUGAGUUUUCAUCUGCAGUUCUGGCAACUGAUCCGAAAGGAACAACUAAAGCCAGUCAUCAACAAAUCGAUGCAACCGUUAGCCAUGAAUCAGUUCCACCGUAUUUUCAAUACGUGCCGAAUCCCGGGCCAAGUCAGGGACAGUCUGUUAACUUGCUUUAAAACGGAAUCCGAGGGCUCGAAGGCACCGACAAACCUAAUAGUGCUGUACAGGGGAUACCUGUUUAGCUUUGAUUUAGUCGAAAAUGACGAAAUCCUGACCGCACAUGAAAUUGAGGGCCAAUUGAAGUUCAUUGAGGACUGGUGUCAGCAGCAGUCCACCGCCGGACCCGGUGUCGGCGCCCUUACCACCACCGACCGAACCAAAUGGGCGCAGAAUCGCGAGUAUUUGAUUCAAUUGAGUGCCGACAAUAAGACAAUUUUGGACACAAUUGAAAGUUCACUGUUGGCCGUGGCUUUGGAUGAUAACGAGCCCAUCACUCAGGAAGAGAUACUACGAGAGGCACUGUUAGGCGACUGUUGCGAAAACCGAUGGGCUGACAAGUCCUACACAUCCAUUGCUUAUAUGAACGGAAACUUUGCCGGAAAUUUGGAUCACACACCGUUUGAUGGGAUGGCAAUCGCCACGGAAGCCCAGUAUAUCCUAAUGUCAAUCAAUGAAUGCAAAGGUGUUUACAGCGGAUCUAAAUCCAAACGCGUCCUCUCGGAGCCAAUUCUGCUGGACUUCAAACUCGACGAUCAAUUGGCGAAAGAAAUACAAAUCGCAAAGUUUUCGCACAAAAAAAUGUGCGAAACCAUUGAAAUCACGUACAAAGUGUUCACAGAAUACGGCCGAUCCGUGUCCGCCAAACACCAGAUACAUCCCGAGGCGUACAUACAACUGGCCAUUCAGUUGGCCUACUAUAGGACCCACGGGAAGGCGGCGCCCACUUAUUGUACGGCCACUACGAGAAAGUUUUAUCGGGGAAGGACUGAGACGUGUAGGCCCUGUGUGCUCGAGAACGUCGAGUUCGCCAAAGCCAUGACCGAUGGCUCUAAAAAUGAGACUGAACUCUACGCUAUGCUCCAGAAAGCGGGCAAAAAGUUUCAGCAAACGAUGGCAAACGCGUGCAACGGUUACGGCUGCGAUCGGCACCUACUGGGCCUCUACUUGACGGCCCUGGAGAACGGCGUGGAGGUGCCCGAGCUCUAUAAGGAUCCGUCGUACGUGAAAAGUGGCGGAAACGGCAACUUUGUGUUGUCCACCAGUUGUGUGGGCUACUGGAAUGUUUGCGGAAGUAUGCCUCCCAUGGUGAGCGACGGUUACAGCUUUUUCUAUGGCAUUGAGAACCAUCAGUACUCGUUCACCAUCUCCUCCUACAACAGUUGCACCGAAACCAGCGCUCAAUUACUUCAAAACAAUCUGUAUUUGUCUCUCUUGGAUAUGAAGAAAAUACUUGACUCUAAUCAACAGUAAUAGACAUAUAGUCAUCAAAAAGUUAUGACAAGUUUUCAAUAACUUAUUCCUAAUUGAGUGGACUAUAUGUUUGUCUAUUAUAUAACUUAUAAGGAAAUGUGGUAUAUUUGGCAC